AUGGACUUACAACCUUAUUGUCAUAUUCGUGUUACUAAUUUUGACAAACAUCAAGAUGCCCCUACUGGAUACUUAAAUGGUGGACAAAAACAGCAAACAUAUGUCUUCAGAGAAUACUAUGUAUGCCAUCUUUCAGGAUCUAAAAGAGUACAUGCUGGUGUUGUUCGAGGUGGUGCUUCCGGCCAUGUACGCGGCUUGCAAAAGAGAAGCAAGAAGAGCAACUGCCCAGCCACUUUAAAGGUCGUCUGUUUGCCAAGUGAUCCUUCAAUGGUUACAAUUACUCAUUCUGAUAACCAGAACCACGAAAUUGGAAGUAGAGAAUUGCCAUUUUUGCCUGUAUUGGUCUCCGUAAGGGCUUUAAAUAAUGUUCUUGCUCGUGAUAGCACCCACCGUCCUACUUUGAUUUAUGCUGAUGAAAUCUACAACAUCUACAAAAGAAUUCAAGAAGCAAGCUAUCAAAGACAUCCAAAUCAUCACCAAUCUGUCCGUGCUUGUUUAAGCGAGCUUCAACAAGAGAAUUUCGAGACUUUUGAAGGCCGCGAUUUUAUGGAUUCUGUAUGUCUUGACGCCACACACAGCACUACCAGUUCUUCCAACGGAAUUCUUUAUACCAUUGUAACACACCAUCCUUUAAUUGGCACUGGUUGUUCUGUUGCUUUCUUUUUCACCAUCGAUCAAUCCAUGGGUCCAUUGGCGAACUUCUGGAGGUUCCUGAGAAAUCAAGCUGGGAUUUUGAACAUCGCGAAGAUCACCAUCGAUGUUAGUAGUACCGAGUUGGGUGCGAUCCAAGCAGUAUACGCUUCCGCAAGUGUGGAAUGGUGUUGGUUUCUUGUGGCCAGAGCUUGGACAGGAAAAAUCCGGCAACUGGUAAAUCCUGGUGAUACCCACCACAACAACACCGUUCAGAACAAUAUCACUGCGGAUCUGAAGGCAAUGAUGUCGGAAAAUGACAGACCUUUCUUCAAAAGAAAACUUACAACAUUCAUCACCGAUUUAUCCGGGUAUCGCAAUUUUUUGCAGUACUUCAAAUCCGUACCUGGAAGACAAUGCGUUUAUGCGAUGGUCCGCCGCAUACCAAUUGGCAUUGUACACUAA